UCGUAAUUUACCUCUGUAGCGGCUAACUUGACUCCGGUUAGCAUCUUAUGCUAUGAGGCUAGCAGGCGAGCUGUGUCUCUGCUGUGUGUUGCGAUGGCAGCUGAACCAAAAACAUUAGCACUAACGCCAAAGUAAAACAAUGCAGUGUGAUUAAUUAAUCCGAUAAUAAUUCAGUUUAAGAGCCGUGCUAACUAUUAGCCAGUUUGCUAACGGCUAGGUAGCCCUGUUAGCCUCGCUGCCAACAGCAACAACAGUAACAGCUAGCAGCUAACAGCUAGCUGUCAACACUGAAUUCUUCCUCAUUAGCAUCCCGUAAAGUUUCACCGCAGAAACGUCAAUUUAAAAGAAAUCCAAAUGGAAACAAACGCACCGAAGCGAAGAGACAAUAAGAAGUCGCUGCGUGUGAAGGUAAUUAGCCUCGGAAAUGCCGAGGUCGGAAAGAGCUGCAUCAUCAAACGCUACUGUGAGAAGAGAUUUGUUCCCAAGUAUUUGGCCACUAUUGGCAUCGACUAUGGCGUCACCAAGGUGCAGGUUCGCGAUAGAGAAAUCAAAGUGAACAUCUUUGACAUGGCCGGUCAUCCUUUCUUCUAUGAAGUGCGUAACGAGUUCUACAAGGACAGCCAGGGCGUGCUGCUGGUGUAUGACGUCGGCCUCAGGGAGAGUUUCGACGCUCUCGACAGCUGGCUCGGGGAGAUGAAACAGGAAAUGGGCUCCCAGGCCAACAUGGACAGCAUCGUGUUCGUCGUCUGCGCCAACAAGGUGGACCUGGCGAAGCGGCGGGUGGUGGACGAGGGCGAGGGGCGUCUGUGGGCGGAGUCCAGAGGGUUCCAUUACUUCGAAACGUCAGCGCAGAGCGGAGAGGGCAUCAACGAGAUGUUUCAGGCGUUCUUCUCGUCCAUCACCGACAUGUGUGAGAACGGCGGGAAGCGUCCGGUGUCGGAGGUCAGCGUCGGUUUCACCAAAGAGCAGGCCGACACCAUCCGCCGCAUCCGAAACAGCAAGGACUCCUGGGAUAUGCUGGGCGUCAAACCUGGUGCCACGCGGGAGGAGGUGAACAAGGCGUACAGGAAGUUGGCGGUCCUGCUGCACCCGGACAAAUGCGUCGCCCCCGGCAGCGAAGACGCCUUCAAGGCCGUGGUGAACGCCCGCACUUCACUGCUGAAGAACAUUAAAUGACGCGCGUCGGAAACCUCCCGCAGGGACCGGACCUCUCGUCGCUCGGACUGAAGAAUCGCACACGAACAGUGUUUAUUUAUUUAGCGUAAAGGUCUUGUGUGCCAUGUUGCUUGCCAGAGUGCUGUAUGCCAACCUAACGUCUGGUUUAGGACCAGUUUUAACUCAUUUACUACAUUUUAUCUCUAAACUGGUGUGUGUGUGUGUGUGUGUGUGUGUGUGUUAAUGCGAGAGAGCGAGCGUAUGGAAGACGAUUAGGGCCAGAAACGUUUAGUUUUAAUAGAUUAAACAUGAUGGUUAUGAGAAACAAACGUUUAAAUUCUUUCAAAACGUCCAGAUUUUGUGUCGAAGUCGUAACUCAGAGGAUAAAUCAGACUUGCGACGUUAAAGUUGUCAUCAGUCGUUUUUAGAUGAAGUUUAAACGUCACAUGUCAGAAUUUUAGAAUAAGUCGUAACUCUAAGAGUAAAGUUUCUUAAUUCAAGUCAGAACUGAAAAACUGAGGGAAAAGGUUCAAAUUGAUUAAAGUAUUAAUAGAUAAAGCAGACUUCUGAGGGAAAACAGUAUUAAUCAUAAGAAAUUUGUUUUUCAAGUGUCCAAAUCUCGAGUUUUGAUUAAAGUCAAAAUUUUAAAUUAAUGUCGAAGGGAAAAAAGUUGCAAUUCACGCGGCCCUCGCCGUUUUCUGUGUCGAUGUACGGGUUUGAGUGUGUUUGUGCGUGUGCGUGAUGGCUGAGUUAACGUCAUUCGUUCUUCCCGCGGCAGAGCGGGAGGUCAAAGGUCGGUAAAACCCGUUCAGAUCGGCUUCUUGUUGAUAAAAAUAAACAACGAGCUGAGCAAACCUCCAGCUUUGAAUCCAGUCAGUGACGUUACAAAGUAGUGUAAUAAAAUUCGAUGUAUUUCAUUAAAAGUGACUUUUAAACUCACUUCUUUGACAACGUUUAGAGUAAUUAAUGUAAUUACAUGCUAACCUUGUGUGCAGAACAGCGCACGUCUCCACCUCCACAGUUUUUAUAGCCUUGUUGCCAAAUCAAUACAAGUCAAAGGUGUGAUGUAAUCUAAAUGCAUGUUUAAUAUUAAUAAUCUUUUAUACUUUCCAUGUGGCCAAACCUGCCAACUCCUCGUCCCAAACGUCCGUCCACAAACACUCUGUCCUCCGCUGAUGACAUCACCGGCCCCUGGUUGGUCGAUGCAGCUACGGCAUCAGAAAUGCCUAAACUAAACUAAAACCAAGAGAUCUGCUGUGAUUUGUUUUCUCAAAUGUCUUAUUUGUUUGGUCAAGUGACUAAUUUGAGCCCUAAAACUCCAUGUGAUCCACUACAUUUCUAAUUUGUUCCCUCAAAUGCCUAUUUUAAAUGGAAUUGUUCCCUUAAGUGACAAAUUUUUUCCCCUUAAAUUCCUUUCAUAGUUUGUUACCUUAAGUCUCUAACUUGUUCUUACGUUACUUUUCUUUUUCCUUAAUUGACUACUUUGUGCUCUCAAUCUGUCUAUUUAUUCCCUGAAACUUGUCAUUUGUUCCCUCAAAUUGCUAAUUUGUGCCAUGAAAAUCCUAUAUUUUUUCUCUCAAAAUUUUUUAUUUGUUCCCUUAAACUGCAAAACUGUUCCCUCACGUUGCUAAUUUGAUCACUUAAUUGGCAAAUUUUGUGCACUGAAAUUCCAAUUUUUUGUCAAAUUGAUAUUUUUUUUAACUUUAAAUGAAUAACUUGUUCCCUUAAGUGACUAAUAGUCAUGAGUAAUUUGUUCCCUGAAAUUGCUAUUUUUUCUUUUUAAUUAGUCAUUUGUUCCCCUAUUUGUGCCCUGAAAUUUGUUAAUUUGUUUCGUCACAUUUCUAUUUAACUUGUUCCCUUAAGUCACUCAUUUGUUCCAUCAAACUUCCAAACUGUUCCCCGUAAAUUCAAGUUGUUCCCUCAUAAUACAAAAUACUUAAUAUGUUCCCUGAAAUAACUAAAUUGUUUCCUUAUGUGACUAAUUUAACCGUCAAAAAGACAAUUUCUUUGCUUUUAAUUUCUAAUUUGUGUCCUUGUGUAUUUUGUUUUCCUCUCAGAUGUGUAAUUUGUUCCCUUAAGUGACUGAAGUCGUUCUUUUAAAAGAUAUUUCAUUUGUGCACUUUCGUCCCUUCGCCUCUUGUUUAAACAGCAGUUUCUCUUCGCACGAACAAGAACGUUUACAUGACGAUGGGAUGUCGAACUCAAACAAAGACACGUGUCCGUUUACAGAGUUCGCACCGUGUCCGUCCCAGGCGGCCAACAGGAAGUGCCAAAACCUGCAGUUCCCCGAGCGGCCACUUGAGGCUCCAAAGGCGAGUCAGUCCCGACAGAGCCCCGUGUUAAAUACUUUACAGCAGAAAUAAACGUGUUUACAGCCUGGUACAAAAAACGGUU